AGCCGUCUACAGUGACAUCCGCACCAGCUCCUCUCUCCGCCCCGCACGCAAGAUCCCCCCCCGCCCGCCCGCCCGCCCUCUCUCUCUCUGCUUCUUUCUCCAGCGCUAGUUUCGGCCGCGCUGUGUCUUGCCCGCUGACGUUGUGCGUAUUUUGCUCGCUGGUCGCUUCCCGCCUUCGUUCCGAGGAAGACAUGAGGGCGCUUCUGUGGGCUUUGGCGCUGAGCUGGUGCGGCUGUGUGCUGAGGCUGCCGGGCGGCUCGGCUCAGCUGUUCGGGCGGCGCUAUGAAGAGCGGGCUUGUCCCGACCGCUGCGACCGCUCGCGCUGCCCGGAGCUGCCGGCCGAGUGUGCGCAAAGCGGCGAGGCGCUCGACUCUUGCGGCUGUUGCCCCGUUUGCGCCGCACAGGAGGGCGAGCCUUGCGGGGGGCCGCCGGCUGGAGAGCCGUCCUGCGCUGAGGGGCUCUUGUGUGUCCUGUCGCCCGGCGGGGCCGGCGUGGCGGCUUCGGCCACCGUGCGCAAGCGGGCCAAAGGCGGUCGCUGCGUUUGCGCCAGCAACGAGCCUGUGUGCGGCAACGACGGCAGGAGCUACGCAAACCUGUGCCAACUGCGGGCUGCUAGCCGGCGCUUUGAGGGCCAGCGCCAGCCGGCCGUCAUCGCCAUCCAGCGGGGUGCCUGCGGCCAGGGUCAGGAAGAUCCCAACAGCUUGCGGCACAAAUACAACUUUAUUGCAGAUGUGGUGGAGAAGAUAGCACCAGCUGUGGUUCACAUUGAAUUGUUUCACAAACUGCCUUUUUCAAAGAGGGAAGUUCCUGUUGCCAGUGGUUCAGGGUUCAUUGUUUCUGAAGAUGGAUUGAUAGUUACAAAUGCCCAUGUGGUUACCAAUAAGCGCAGAGUGAAAGUGGAGCUGAAGAAUGGUGUAACUUAUGAUGCUAAAAUUAAAGAUAUCGACGAGAAAGCAGACAUUGCACUAAUAAAAAUAGAUACUCAGGGGAAACUACCAGUCCUCCUGCUUGGACGUUCUGCAGAAUUACGGCCUGGUGAAUUUGUGGUGGCAAUUGGAAGUCCGUUUUCUCUUCAAAAUACAGUAACUACUGGGAUUGUCAGCACGACUCAGCGUGGAGGCAAAGAACUGGGACUCAGAAACUCUGAUAUGGACUACAUUCAGACAGAUGCUAUUAUCAAUUAUGGAAACUCUGGGGGACCUUUAGUAAACUUGGACGGCGAAGUGAUUGGUAUUAAUACUCUGAAAGUCACUGCUGGGAUCUCCUUCGCAAUACCUUCAGACAAAAUUAAAAAAUUUCUCACAGAGUCACAUGACCGGCAAUCUAAAGGACAAACUGCACCUAAAAAGAAAUAUAUUGGCAUAAGAAUGAUUUCACUUACUCCUAGCAAAGCUAAAGAACUGAAGGAGCGCCAUAAAGACUUCCCUGAUGUUCUUUCUGGAGCUUACAUUAUUGAAGUAAUUUCAGAUACACCAGCUGAAGUUGGAGGCCUGAAAGAAAAUGAUGUGAUUAUAAGCAUCAAUGGACAACCAAUACUCUCAGCUAAUGAUGUCAGUGAUAUUAUUAAAAAGGACAAUACACUCAGCAUGGUAGUACGUAGGGGCAAUGAAGACAUUAUUAUAACAGUGAUACCUGAUGAAAUUGACCCAUAAGUAGAAACAUGAGCUGGAUUUCAUGUUUUCUCUCAAGAGCAAACUAUGGACUGUGUAUAUUAUCUCUGUGCUGGUACAGGAAGCAUUAGACUUUUGACCAACAAUUCACAUGUGGAUUGGAACUCAGUGGAACUGUAUUGGCCAAUAAAGUUUAAAAAAAAUUGUAUAGGUUUGAGGCACAAAAUCAAUUCAGUGUUCCAGAUGAUAUUUCUGCUAUUCCUUAUGUAUGCAAUGUAUUAUCUGCUGGCUGCUCUGUUGCUAUUACUUCUCUGGUCAAGUUCUGAUUCCUUCUGUGUGGCAAGCUUUAUCACUACUUUGAACAAAGACUUUUUGAAAGUUAAACUGCCACUAAUCCAUACGAUACAGUAUUCUGUUUACCUAUAGCUUUGUUCUUCCUGGAAAUAAGAUUGUUAAAAGGUAUGAUAGCUAAUAUGUUUGAAUAUUAAAAGCUGACUUGUACACACAGAUUCCAAAAGAUCUCUCCCUGCAAAACCAUGCUGAAUUUUUUAAAUACUGUAUUUUCCUAGUGUAAUUAAAAUAAUUCCAAACAGUA